AUGAUCUUCAAACUAGCCAUCGACGAUCUUCAAGCCAUCAACCGUAGACGAUCAGGUAGGUUUGUUGCUUUGCUUCUUCUUCCUUUUUUUUCUCGUCUGGAAGAUAAAGAGUAUGCUAAGUUUAAUGAUAAGAAUUUGGAUGUAUAUCAGGCAUACUAUAAGGAUUUAUUUCAAGAUAUCGUAGCUAUUGGAGACAAGGCUAAGGUACCUUGCGAAUUUGGCGACAGUAUCACUGUGGAUGAUGUACAGUUUGUGGAUAUUACGGAUGGAAAAGUGGAUACUGACGAAGUCCGCUUAUUUGAAAAUGUUGAUCCUUUUCUCACAUAUGAUAUUUCUAGUAUGAAUAGGAGGGAAAAGAGGUUAACUUCCAGGCGUGACAACAAAAGAAAAUUUGAAGGGAAAAUGAAGGAAAAUAUGAAGGAAAAAAGCAAUCAACCCUCAAGACAAACCACACAGUCACCCACAACAAAAGAUUGCAUGGCAAUUGUCUCUACUUUCCCGGGUUUUGAAGAAGGCUCAAUAGGAUAUUUAGAAGUGUUAAAGAUAUUUUUAAAGAAGCUGACUUGUCAGAAUUUUAUGGUUCCAAAGACUAAUGAAACAAAGAUGGAGUUUCUUAAGAGGCUUAUAGAGAAAGAGAAGUAG